AUGGGUUGCUGUGGCUGUGGCAGUUGCAGUGGCUGUGGCGGCUGUGGCUGUGGUGGCUGUGGCUGUGGCGGCUGUGGCUGUGGUGGCUGUGGCUGUGGUGGCUGUGGCUGUGGCUGUGGUGGCUGUGGCUGUGGUUGUGGUGGCUGUGGCUGUGGUGGCUGUGGUGGCUGCUGUGGUUGUUGUAGCUGCUGCAAACCUGUGGUCGUCUGCUGCUGCCGUCGCACCUGUUGCCACUCCUGUGGCUGUGGCUGUGGCUGUGGGAAGGGCUGUUGCCAGCAGAAGUGCUGUUGCCAGCAGAAGUGCUGCUGCAAGAAGUGCUGCUGCUAAGAGGACUCAACCUGGUCCUUGGGAAUGUGCAGCAGGUAACUGUCUGGUUCAUAAGACUUUCUCUCUUUUCGCCUGUCCACUGUGACUCAAGGCACAAGAGUUCGUCCAUAUGCCUUGGUUGCUAAGGGUCUGUCUCCAAGUGAAAAUGCCAAGAAGGAGCUUGCCUAUAAACAACCAACCUGAGCAUGAACUCAACAGAAUAGCAUGUUGAUUCUCAAUGUUAUAUCCUUUGAUUUCCUCCACUUGAAUGCUUCUUUCUACCUCUCUUCCCCACCUCCCCUCUCCCUGUAGCUUCCACACACUGUACCUCAGCUAAGGGUUUCAUUUCUGUGAAACUAAGAUAGUCUUCUCCUAAUAAACGACAUAAAAUUGUCAAUCUCUCUGUUUCUUUUCUCAUUCCGGCGUGUCUAACCAAAAAUGCAACUAAACUCAGAAAAGUAAAUCUCCUGCUGUUGGCUCAAGACAGAUGUAGAAU